GCGGGUGGGUGUGGCCGGACGUGGCGCUUUCGGCCUCGGUGGGAGGGAGGGAAAGCUAUCCGGGUCUCGGCGGGCGUCGGAGCAGAGGUGUGCCUCAGUCCGGUCCACCACGGAGCUAGCCCUUCACGCUGUUUGUCCCAGGCCUUCGCUUGCCGGGACUCUCGUGGCCUCGGGCCCCGGGCCCCGCGCGGGGGAAGGGCGGAUAGGGAGCGGGAUUGUGUUCCGUUUGUACCACUGAGUAGUUCUCUGACCUUUGGCAGCAACGUCCUUUCUCUGGCUUCAGCUGGUUUCUUUGGAAGGUGGAGAUCGGACUCGUGAGCUUCUUCAGGACCGGAACUGACUGACUAGUGUUAAAUACCGGUUCUCAUAGAGGGACUGUGUUAGGGAUCUUGAAAACAUUGCCAUCAUGUCUGACAUUCAAGAAGCUACUAAACAACUCCUGGAUGUGAACCUUCACGUAAAACAGAGAUCUGUACCAGUGACAGAAAGUGACAUCAGAAGUGAGUCUGAGCAUCUCCAUGUCACCAUUGGAGCCACUGUACCUACUGGCUUUGAGCAAACAGCUUCGGAUGAAGUGAGAGAGAAAUUGGGGUCAUCAUGCAAAAUCAGCAAAGACCGGGGCAAGAUUUAUUUUGACAUUGCAGUGGAAAGCCUAGCUCAGGUUCACUGUCUGAGGUCAGUUGAUAACUUAUUUGUGGUUGUUCACGAGUUUAAAGAUUACCAAUUCAAAAACACAAAGGAAGAAGUUCUAAAGGAUUUUGAAGACCUGGCUGGAAAACUCCCAUGGUCAGUCCCUUUAAAAGUAUGGAAAAUUAACACCAGUUUCAAGAAGAAAAAAACAAAGCGCAAAAAGAUAAAUCAGAAUUCAAGUAAAAGGAAGAUUGAUAAUGGACAAGGAGACAAAUUAGAUGAGCGAGAUGUCAAGAAAGAGUUCACCAACCAUACUUUAGGUUCACAUAUCUUAGACUUUUAUGAAAAUCCAGCCAUCAAAGAAGAGAUAUCAACACUAGUAGGUGACUUGGCAUCUUGCAAAGAUGAGACAGAUGAAAGAGCAAAGGAAGAAACUGAGUCUCAAGUGCUGAAGUUUAGAGUCACAUGCAGCAGAGCAGGAGAGAAACAUUGCUUUACCUCAAAUGAGGCUGCAAGAGAUUUUGGGGGUGCUGUUCAAGAGUAUUUUAAGUGGAAGGCUGACAUGACCAACUUUGAUGUGGAGGUUCUCUUGAAUAUCCGUGAUAGUGAAGUCAUUGUGGGCAUUGCACUAACUGAGGAGAGUCUCCACCGAAGAAACAUCACACAUUUUGGACCUACAACUCUUAGAUCAACGCUUGCCUAUGGGAUGCUCAGGCUCUGUGCACCUCAACCUACUGAUAUAAUAAUUGAUCCAAUGUGUGGAACAGGGGCCAUACCAAUAGAGGGAGCUACUGAAUGGUCUAACUGUUACCAUAUUGCUGGUGACAAUAAUCCACUGGCUGUGAAAAGAACAGCAAAUAACAUCUCAUCUUUAUUGACCAAGAACCAAAUUAAAGAAGGCAAACCAUCCUGGGGCUUGCCCAUUGAUGCUGUUCAGUGGGAUAUCUGCAAUCUCCCAUUGAGAACUGGCUCUGUGGAUGUUAUUACAACAGAUAUGCCAUUUGGAAAAAGGAUGGGCUCCAAGAAGAGAAACUGGAAUCUUUAUCCAGCUUGCCUACGGGAGAUGGGCCGUGUCUGCAGACCAGGGACAGGACGGGCUGUACUACUUACUCAGGACAAGAAAUGCUUUUCCAAGGCUUUAUCUGGAAUGGGACAUGUAUGGCGAAAGGUCCAUACGGUCUGGGUGAACAUAGGGGGUCUUCAUGCUGCAGUUUAUCUUCUGAAACGUACGCCUCAAGUUUUUGUACAUUCUUCAGAGGAAGAUGAAGUCCUUGGUAAUGCAAAUAAUGAAGAUGAUUAAUAGUGUUUGUACUUCCUAACAUUGGAAAUGUCAGUGUGAAGAACUUGCUUUGAGGGAAAAAUAACAGAAGUACAGCCAUACUAUUUAAAUUAUUCCAUAGUUCCUCACUUUGGUUAGUGUGAAUGUAACAUGAUACAAUUUAAAAAGUAUUGAGAAAGAAGAACUUUUGUUUUUAAAACCUCAGGAGUCUAGGUUUUAAAAUUUUUUUUUUUUUUUGGGCUUCCAUUAUGGCAUAUGGAAAGGCACCUUGACCUAAAGAAAGACAGAGAACACAGUCAUAGCAUCUUAGGCCAUAUUUUAUUGCCUAUGCAGCUUUGUUCUUCAGUAGCUCAGGUUCUUUAUCUCAACCUUAAAAAUGAAGCAUUGUUAACAUUUUGCAGUUUACUCCAUGACAAGAUGAAAUGUUAUAAAACCAACAGGAAAGUUUACCAUCUGCCUUAAAAAUUAAAAUAUGCAUCCAUUAUUCAUAUUAACAUACAGAGCUAAAACAGAGGGCUGGAAUUUAUGAAAGGACAUUUUGUGUCAUAAUUUUCGUAAUUUAUGAAAGACAUUUCUAUGUGUAAAUAGCAGCAGAAAUAUUGGUGGAUGAGGUAUAGGACCAACAAGCUGUUUUUUUUCUUUCAGUACUCAAAAGGUGUGUUGCUUUUCAAAACCAAAAAUAAACCCAAAGUAUUGUUAUUAUCUUGCUGGUUGAAGGAUGAAUUUAAAAACUGAUCUUUGAGAACAGUUUGGGGGCUGGAUAUAGUAGCACAUGGGGGAAAAAAAAGAAAUGUGAUACCCUAACUGAAAAAAAAGUAAAACUAAAGCAAAAUAAGAGGAAAGGGUGCUGAGAUCUUGGGUCAAGUGAAAGAACUAUUCCUAGCAAGCUGGAGGCCCAGAGUUCAAAACCAGUACUGUCCAAAACAACCUCCUUUCCCAAAAAAACUCCUUAAUUUGGGAGUCAUGUAAGUUGUUUUUGUUUCUUCCUCCUGAGUCAUUGUUCACAUUUUAUUGCUUUUCCAGUUACAGCUAGUCCCUCCUAAGACAGUUUUAUGGAAAAUAAAAUAACCUCAAUAUUCAUUCAGUCUUUUUAAAAUGAUGCUUCCUGAGAACAAAUAGUUAAGGUUUUAUGUGAAAUUCUCUAAAGUAUUUAGUUUAUUUUGAACUAUCUGCUUGCACUCAGCUUAGCUUUUCAAUGUCAUGUUACUAAUAUACUACUACUACUCGUACUACCCUUUUAUGUCUCAGUUUAGACACAGUACUUCCUUUGAAAAAAUAGUUUACAUUGGCAACGUAGUCAACAACCCCAGUCUGGUUUCAGAACUGCUACCCAACACAUGAGAAUAAAUUGGAAAUAAGACAUUUAUAAAAGCCUGACAUUCUAGAUUUGUAUCUUUACCAUAGUCAGAAUUCAUAGAUGUUAUUACUUAUGGCUUGAACAUAAUUUUCACCUGUGACAAAAGAAACCAUUUAAACCACAAACUAAAUUAGGGGCUGAUUUACAGAACCAGAAAAUACAAAGACCAUGUCUGUUUCCACCAACAUUUACCAAGUGCCUUGCGUGGCAUAGGAUCUGCCUGUAUGGAACAAAUGAAUUUUAACAUUAGCUUAUUUUUCAGUUUUGUGCUUAUUUCACUGUAGCUUUAGUGCUGCU